GAAAGAGACGACAUAACGUCACGCGUAGACAGUCGCGCUAUGAUUAAGUUUUGCAGUCCAAUGCAAACAUUGAAAGUGAACGCCUGUGCCCGUUUUUAAAAAGUUACGAAAGUGAAUGGUUUCUGAAUAAUUUUGGCGGUGAAACGAUUUUUCGCGUGAGAAACGCUAUUUCAAAAUGGCGUGCACAACAUUCAAGUCGUUCCUGACUUGCCUCCGCGUAUUCAUAGACAAGAUGAUAGACUUUUUCUUCGGCCUGUAUUGGGACGGCAAGAAGCAGUCCAUUCCGGACCUGAGCAAGAAACACGCGUUCCUGGCUGAAAGCACCGUCAGCCUGGCUCGGAAGAUAAAAGAAAAACAACUUAAGUCGGAAGAUUUAGUAAAGGCUGUCAUUGAGAGAAUAAAAGAGGUGAACCCCGUAAUAAACGCAAUAACAGAAGACCGCUUCGAGGCCGCGCUAGCAGAAGCCAGGGAAGUAGACAACCUCAUAGCGGCCGGACUUUCUGAGGAGGAGGCGGCUAAGAAACCGUUCUUAGGAGUCCCAUUCACAGCAAAGGAGAGUCAGGCCAUGAAAGGCUUCCGGUAUACCCUGGGGCUUUGGUCUCGGCGGGAGCUCAGAGCUGAUGAAGACAGCGAAGCAAUAGUCCUGCUUAAGGCAGCCGGGGCAAUUCCAGUAGCUCUUACUAACCUCCCAGAAUUACUACUUUGGCCUGAAACCCGCAACCCGGUAUACGGCAUGACGAACAACCCCCAUCACACUGGUCGAACGCCAGGCGGUUCCAGCGGCGCUGAGGCAGCCCUCACUGCGAGCUACGCGACGCCUAUCAGUUUGUGUUCUGACCUGGGCGGAUCCACCCGUAUGCCGGCUUUCUACUGCGGAUUGUUCGGACACCACACUACUGCUGGAACCACGAACAGCAGAGGAGUGAUGUUCCAUAAAGGCGACGAGGAGUCCAUGAUCAGUCUGGGUUUCAUCACAAAACACGCCGAGGAUUUAGCUCCAUUGACCAAAGUUAUCGCAGGAAACAAGGCCCCUCUUCUGAAGUUAGAUCGUAAAAUUGAUAUCAAGGACGUAAAGUUCUACUACAUGGAAACGUCUAAUGACUGCCGAGUAAGCUCGAUUAGACCAGAACUCAAAGACGCUAUGACUAACGCAGUAUCAAAGAUCAGCAAGAAAGUGUCCCCAGUGAACAGUCCGCAGCCGUACCACCACGAGGGCUUCGACCACAUGUACCAGCUGUGGACUUACUGGAUGAGCAAGGAGCCUCACAACUUCGCGAGUCUGUUCAACAAUAACAAGAGUGAAGCUAACGGCUUUGUGGAGUUCUUUAGAUGGAUGUUUUGCCUAAGCAAGCACGGUUUAUCAACUGUCAUUUGGUUGCUGGAAACUCAGGUCAUGCCACUGUAUCCCAACUGGGCUGAAAAUCUUACCAAGCAAUGGAAGGAAGAUCUUCUGGAAAAGCUGGGCGACAACGGAGUCCUACUGAUGCCGAGCGCUCCGCACGCGGCCCCGCACCACUACUCCUGCUUCCUGCGGCCCUACAACUUCUCCUACUGGGCCUCCGUUAACGUGCUCAAGUGUCCUGCCACUCAGGUUCCUCUGGGCGUGAACAGCCAGGGUCUUCCCAUCGGUAUCCAAGUGGUGGCUGCUCCGUACAACGACGCGCUCUGUCUCUCCGUCGCCAAGUUCUUGGAGAAGGAGUUCGGCGGGGCCGUUAUGCCUUGCAAAACUCAAUAGAGCUUAGCUGGCUGUUUGUAUAUGUCUUAGGUCCUGUUUAAACAUUGAUUAUAGUGUUUCGUGCGAGUUCAUACUUUUCUUCCUAAAAGCAAGUAGCAAAUGUAUAAACUCGCACUAAACACUACAAAGUGUAAAUAGGCCCUUAACACAGUACCCAGUGCGUCAGGCAGCAGGAUAAUUCUGGCUCUAAACAUGCGUGUGAUGCUAAAAAAAUGACACUGUAGGAUGGUAUUAUGAAUAUUAUGAUUUAUGAAGCCAAUAAUGCCAAAAUACAUGUUGGGCUUACCUCGGUGUAAAGGACGUUACUAAUGCGGUGGGACUAGAUCGCAAUAAACGCUUACCCUCACAAGUCUCGCAAUGCAAGAGUCUCUGUCUUGUCAGGAGGCCCCGGGAUGUCAGGCCUUUGCACAUAGCAUGACCGGCCCGGGCCCGUACCGUGCCCGCACCGUCCCACUCCCGAGCCCCGGUCAUGACGUAAUGCUUUCCAUAGAAAACAACGCGCCGGAAGCUCCGGCCCGGCCACGGCCCAGUCUAACGUGAGACGUGAGUCAUCCUUAACUGCGUUCGCAUUACUUGCAAAGUUGGCCUAGUUACAAAGUACGCCUAACAUACAUAAUAUGUACCUAUCAGGAAUGAAAAAUGUGAUAAUGUGUUAAAAGUAAAUAUGUUUAAAAAAUAUGCUUGUUAGGGUUAGGUUGCUGGGCUAAAUGAAAAAGAUGCCUGUGGUGCUUAAUUAUUUGCGAUUUUAUUAAUAAUUUGUAAGGAUUUUAUUCAUAUUGAUAAUUAGUCGUAAUAAGUAUGAAUCUCAUUACCGGUGCUAAGUUCUAAUUAAUUUGUUCUUUGAUUACGUUUAUAUACUGGCAAGCCAACUUUUGUAUGGAGAAGAAAAAUAUUCUAUGGGAGAUCGAUUUUUCGCACCUAUUUUCAAAUUGGGAGCCUUUUUUAUUGACAAAGUUGGCUUGCCAGAGUAUAAUUAUAAUGAUUUAUAUUUUUAUU